AUGGACGCCGCCCAGCAACAACCACAGCAACCACAGGUCCAGCCUUGUAGAUACAAGGUCGGAAAGACCCUGGGAGCCGGCUCAUACUCCGUCGUCAAGGAAUGUGUCCACAUCGACACCGGCCGCUACUAUGCCGCCAAGGUCAUCAACAAACGCCUGAUGGCUGGCCGAGAACACAUGGUCCGGAAUGAAAUCGCCGUCCUCAAAAAGGUCUCCAUGGGUCACCAGAACAUCCUCACCCUCGUCGACUACUUCGAAACGAUGAACAACCUCUACCUCGUCACCGAUCUUGCUCUUGGAGGCGAGCUCUUCGAUCGAAUUUGCCGCAAGGGCUCCUACUACGAAUCAGACGCCGCCGACCUCAUCCGUGCCACACUCUCUGCCGUCGCUUACCUCCACGACCACGGAAUCGUUCACCGCGAUCUAAAGCCCGAAAACCUCCUCUUCCGCACCCCCGAGGACAAUGCAGACCUGCUUAUCGCCGACUUUGGCCUCUCGCGAAUCAUGGACGAGGAGCAGUUCCAUGUGCUCACCACCACCUGUGGUACCCCCGGCUACAUGGCUCCCGAGAUCUUUAAGAAGUCGGGCCAUGGUAAGCCGGUUGAUCUCUGGGCCCUCGGCGUCAUCACUUACUUCCUCCUGUGUGGCUACACCCCCUUCGACCGCGAUUCCGACUUUGAAGAGAUGCAGGCCAUUCUCAAUGCCGACUAUAGCUUCACACCGGUCGAGUACUGGCGAGGUGUCUCCGACCACGCCAAGGACUUCAUCCGGAGAUGCCUGACGAUUGACUCUACAAAGCGCAUCACUGCCCACGAGGCCCUCCAACACCCCUUCGUCGCCGGUUUCAUCAACGCCGAGGGCGAGAGCCAGAACCUCCUGCCCAACAUCAAGAAGAACUUCAACGCCCGCCGGACGCUGCAUGCCGCCAUCGACACUGUCCGCGCCAUCAACAAGCUGCGCGAGGCUCAGAAUGGCAUGAUGAACGGCGCCCGCUCCAAAGAGCCCAACAGGGGAACCGCCGCCGCUGCUCGAGCCCCGCAGGACCAGCCUGGUGUCCGGAAGGACGACAGUGCCAUCUCCAUGAGCAAGGACAGCGGCUACGGAACACAGAGCUCUGUGGACGUGGAGAUGGGGAACACGGGUGUUCCCUCGGCGCUGCAGCCAGGCAACAAUGGCAACCGUGUUGUCGAGACGAGCAAGGGACUCUGGACCGUCCCGUCGCAAAGGAGGUAG